UCACCAUUGAAUUUUUGCAAAAAGAUAUUCUUGAAAUUGAAAAUGAAAUUACACGUAUACAACAUCAACUUAGCACCAUGAUGUCUCUAGAAAAUUUGAAUGCUCUUAAUAACAAACUUAACAGGGAGAUUGAACAAUAUGAAUUGGAAGUUGAGCAAAGGAAAAGAUUAAAAUUCAUUAGAGACGCUGAGGAUUAUGCUAAUAACAGAGUGUAUAAAUGGACUAAUGAGAGGAAUCGAGAAUACCCUCAUAAGAGACGGGUUACUUGGCAAUCACGCCGUGAUACAUAUACCACCAGGCGUUCUUCAGCUUUGGGUACAACCGAUUAGGAUACUUCAGAUGAUCAAAUGUCUACUAAAACACAGUACUUUAAUUCUUUUUUAGCCAUGGAUCAACAGAAAAGUCAAGGAAGAGAAAAACGAGACGUAGUAAACCACGAUCGAUCAACAAGACUGAAGGUCAGAUUGAAUCCAGACCGGGAGAAGAAGACAUAG